UUGCUGAGACAAAAUAUAAAAUAUAAAAUAUUGUAUUUAAAUAUUUAAAAUAUGUAUAGUAAGAAUUAAUAGAUAAGAAAAAAUUACAUGAAAUUCUUCGAAAUACAAUGUUCUGCAUCUACUUGAUAUUUUCAGGUAAAUUUUAUAAGGCGUGUACUCUCCGUGAAUGACAAUAGAUGAAAAGCGUUAUAAUUGCAUAAUAUUGCGAAACAAAUGGUUUUGGGUAAUUUCAAUAAUUAUUUUGCUUAUUCGAUUGUCAUAUUGACUUUCUGCCUUAUCUCCAUUUACUUAAUCGCCAAAUAUGAAUGAAUCAUACUUUCCUUUACGCCGAAACUAUUGACUCAUGAUUCAAAAUGUUACUUUUUCAAAUUUUAUUUUUUUGAAUAUGUACAAAAUCUUUCACAUACAUAGAUUAAUAAAAUAUAUAUAUAAACUUUUGUAUAUAAUAUAAAACAACUUGGAAGUUUUCUGAAAUAUGCAAGGAGAUAUUCAAUGCAGAAUCUUUAACUAUGUCGAAGUUUGAUUCGAAUAGCUCUCGAUAAUCAGCAGAAAGGGGAUAAUUGAGUGCAUCAUCAUUCACUGACGAUCGUUGAUUGCCUGAAAAAAGAGGUUGAACAAAUUAGCGAAAUUUAUUUUAACAGUAAAUAUAUAACUUUCAUUCGCGAUAAGCGUUACAACAGAUCGUACCUCCCCACCUGAACCGAAAUUGUCUGAUAUAAACGAUCGCGACGACAUUCUCCAUCACAAAAUCUCCGUGCAAGUACAAAGCAUCAUAUCAUACAUUAGCAGCGGAUCAUUCAAUUUACAUUUUUAUCUGCUAAUUUCUUCAACAAAUCAAGACAACUGAUUCGUAAAAGAGAAGAGAAUUCUCAACGACAUUAUGUAUCUUCUACCAUUAUUAUUUUCGAAUCUCCCUUGGAUGGGACUGGAUGUACCCUUCGAUCCAGUGAAUCUCUCCACUGGAAUUCUCAGCAAUACGAAUCUUGACCUGGACUUCUUUUACAAACCCUGGAUGAAUUUAUUGAACAAUAAUCAGUAUUUGGCCGGUACUACGAGCAUCGAUGACAAUGGCUUUAAGAUCACCAUGAACGUGCAGCAGUUCAAACCAGAAGAGAUUACCGUCAAGGUGGUAAACGGUUGGGUCGUCGUUGAAGCCAAACAUGAGAAACAUGACGAAACCAACGUCGCGAACCAGCAGUUCGUGAAACAAUAUCUAUUACCCAAUCGCGCCGAUGUCAAUCAGGUAACGUCCUCGAUAUCGAACGACGGCAUUUUAACAAUCACGGCACCGUUGAAACCGGCUGAGGAAAGAAUGAUCCAGAUCAAAGGCACAGGACAGACUACCGCUGGACAAGCUGCCGAUGAACAGGCUAGCGCUAGACAUACUAGAUAUGUUAACGCUGGACAGGCUACUGCAGCAGGAAAAACUGGCGUAAAACAGGCUGAUGCGGGACAAACUGUCGUUGAUCAUGUUGACGCGGGACAGGCUGGAAAGGCUGCUUCUGGAAAGGCUGUCGCUGAAAAGGCUAACGCUGAACAUGUUAGCGCGCAAAAGAUUGGUGCAAGAAAAACUGGCGCGUAUUAUACACAGUGUGACUAUUAAAUUUUUGGAUUAAGACCAUGAAAAAUCAUAUGAAAAAGAUUGAAAAUAUUAAUUUAUUAAUAUUAUUAUUCCAUAUAAUACACGCCCGCUUCCGAAAAAUAUUUACAUCACUCAUACAACGAACCGCAUGCCCAAGAUGCACUUCUUCCCGAAUCGCCUUUAGUUCUCUCGACACAAUCUGUUGAGCUGGUGAUACACCUUCAAAUUUUGUCUCUUUUAUUCAAUUUUUAAUUUAGGAAAUAAAUAAAAGUCAGUCGGCGUUAAAUCAAGGAGGUAGGGUGGAUUGUCAAACUUAAACGCAUCAAUCAAACUAGUUGAAAAAAUUAAACAUUGUAUAAAUAAAUAUUCCCUCUAAUUAGUCCUGUUAAUUCUCAAUAAAUAGCAUUAGUAAUAAUACUGUAAUAGGGUCAGUCCAGGAAGUUAAUUGUCACACUACGUACGACCAUCUAGAGACAGGCAAAGGACAAUAAGGACAAGUUUAUUGGAAACAAAUUAUAGCAAUACAGGAAACAGGAUUGAAGUUUUGAGAAACGAUAGACUGAAGCCGCGUUCCGAAGUCACUGCCAGUGAAAAUUUAUACCAUACGUAACGUAAACUAUAGAUUUUUGGUAUUGACAGUGUAUAUCAAAACCUAAUCUGAAUUGCGCAAUUUUUUUUUCUUUCAUUUCAUAUGUAAUUUUCAUGCAAGUUAUAUUUUACACUUACUCUUAUAAAACUAUGUUUCUUAUUACUGGCUAUAAUUAUAACGUAUUUCUUACUGUAUUGUAGUUAUAUAUACAUUUCUUAGUGGAUGAAUUACUAAGAUCUGUGUCAUAAUAAUUUAUCCUUAAGAGAAAUGUAAUUAUGAUUUUAUAUUAAUAAUAAAAUAAAAGGGCAUUUAUAUAUCAGCACUCA